AUGAGGGCAACCAGCCAACUUCUGGUACACCUCCUACUGCAGCUGCUCUUGAUCACUCUCUUCCUCCUUUCGGUCCAAACCCCCGCCGCCUCCGGUGUCCGUGACAGGUUCGAGAAGGGCCAGAACCUCACCGACGGCGACACGCUCGUCUCGCCGGACGGCUCCUUCACCCUGGGGUUCUUCUCUCCCGGGGCGUCCACCAAGAGGUACCUCGGCAUAUGGUUCUCCGUGUCCAACGACACCGUCUGCUGGGUCGCCAACCGCGACCAGCCUCUGCCCGACAAGUCCGGCAUGCUGGUGUUCGACGACCUGAGCAGCCUCGUCCUGGUCGACGGCUCUCGCCGGACGGCGUGGUCACCGAACUUCAUGGCCGCCUCCGCCGCGGUGGUCCAGCUUCUCGACUCCGGCAACCUGGUCGUGCACAAUGGCAGCAGCAACGCCGCCCUGUGGCAGUCGUUCGACCACCCGUCGGACACCUUGCUGCCCGACAUGAAGCUGGGCAAGGACCUCUGGACCGGAGCCGAGUGGCAGCUCACGGCGUGGCGCUCCGCCGACGACCCGUCUCCGGGGGACUACCGCCGCACGCUGGAGACCAAGGGGCUACCGGACAUCGUCCUGUGGCAAGGAGACGUCAAGAGGUACCGUACGGGCCCGUGGAACGGGCUCUACUUCAACGGCGUCCCGGAGGUGACGGCGUACGCGGACAAGUACACGCUGCGGGCGACGACGAGCCCGUGGGAGGUAACCUACGGGUACACCGCCAAGCCCGGCGCGCCGCUGACCCGCGUCGUGGUGAACUACACCGGCGACGUGGAGCGGCUGAUGUGGGACGCGGGCACCCGGGCGUGGACGCCCUUGUUCAAGGGGCCGAGGGACCAGUGCGACACCUACGCGCGGUGCGGACCGUUCGGCCUCUGCGACCCCGAGGCGGCGUCGUCGGGGUUCUGCGGCUGCGUCGUGGGGUUCAGCCGCCCCGCCGCCGGGACCCCGUCGCAGUCGGCUCAGGAGGUGAACGAGACCGCGGCGGGCGGGUGCCGACGAGACGCGGACCUGGACUGUGCCGGCGGGGCGACGACGGACGGCUUCGCGGUGGUGCGGCGCGUGAAGCUUCCUGACACGCAGAACGCGUCGGUGGACAUGCACGUCACCCUAGAGGAGUGCAGGGCGAGGUGCUUCGCCGACUGCUCGUGCCUGGCCUAUGCCGCGGCCGAUAUCCGGGGAGGCGGCGACGGCACCGGCUGCGUCAUGUGGGCGGAUGCCAUCGUCGAUCUACGUCUCGUCGACAGGGGGCAAGAUCUCUACCUGAGGUUGUCAAAAUCAGAAUUCGAUGACCAGAAAGAGUUUCCUACUCUACUUAUUGUCGCACCUGUAGCUUCUGGUGUCAUUGUUCUUCUGGUCGUCUCUCUGAUUUGGUGGAGACGGAAACGCAGAAUCAUAGGUGCUAUCCCUCAGAAUCCUGCUAUGGCCGUUCCUUCAGUUAAUCUAAGCAUUAUAAAGGAUGUCACUGGAAACUUCUCUGAAAGUAACAUUAUAGGCCAGGGAGGAUUUAGUAUCAUUUACAAGGGGCUACUGCCUGAAGGAAGAAUGGUCGCUGUCAAGAGGCUUAAACAGUCAGCACUAACCACGAAAGGCAAGAAGGAUUUCGGGAGAGAAGUGGAAGUGAUGGCCGGGCUCCGGCAUGGCAAUCUUGUUCGUCUCCUUGCUUACUGUAACGAAGGCAAGGAGAGAAUACUCAUCUAUGAACAUAUGCAGAACAAGAGCCUGAACGUCUACAUAUUCGGAUCGGGUGAGAGUGUAAUCCACCGGGACCUCAAGCCUGGGAACAUUCUCCUAGAUGAUGAGUGGAAGCCUAAAAUUGCCGACUUUGGCACCGCUAAGUUGUUUGUCGUCGACCAGGCGGGGCCUGAUCAAACAAUUGUAGUUUCACCGGGAUACGCAGCUCCAGAGUAUGCACGGAGAGGGGAUAUGACGCUGAAGUGUGAUGUCUAUAGCUUCGGAGUUGUACUCCUCGAGACGCUCAGCGGGGAAAGGAAUGGUGGCUUGCAGAGGCUCCUUUCUCAUGCAUGGGAACUGUGGAAGCAGAACAGGACUGCGGAGCUUCUUGACACCGCAGUGGUGCCACUCGCCAAAUCCGAGCCUGAGCUAUUGUCUGAGUUAAAACGAUGCAUCCAAAUUGGGCUCCUCUGCGUCCAGGAGACGCCAUGCGAAAGGCCAACCAUGUCCACAGUUGUCGCUAUGCUGACUAGCACGGCAUCGCAAAUCGAUCGGCCGAGAAGGCCGGUGCUGGAUAGCGGAGGAGUUGUGCAACCUUCGAAUUCGUCACUUGGGCUUGAGACGGAUCUUUUGAGCCCCACUACUAUUGAUUUGACGUAAAUUUCUAUUGGGUGCGACUAGUUGUUGCUGCAGCCUCGCUUGCAGGCGAUUUACUAAAGGCUCGGUUUGUGUUUGUAAAAUUAGGUUCAAAAGUGGUCCCUCAAAAAAAUUUGUUCAACUUUGAAAAAAGGUGGGUGAAGCAAACACUAAAAUGGGGGGUGGAA